GGGGGGGGAGUUAUUUGGCGCCGAGUCAGGUGGUCGCAGGGGCAAGAUGGCGGCGGCGGCGGCGGCGAUGACCUUCCGGCGGUUGGUGCGCCCGAGCGGCGCGCGCUGGCUGGGGGUGCGCGCGGCCCCCACUGGGGAAAAGGUGACGCACACGGGACAGGUUUACGACGCCAACGACUACAGGAGGGUCCGUUUUGUCGGUCGCCAGAAAGAGGUGAAUGAAAACUUCGCAAUCGACCUGAUAGCCGAGCAACCAGUGAGUCAAGUGGAAAAUCGCGUGAUAUCCUGUGAUGGGGGAGGAGGAGCGUUGGGACACCCCAAAGUGUACAUCAAUUUGGACAAAGAGACAAAAACCGGGACGUGCGGCUACUGUGGACUUCAGUUUAAACAACACCACCACCACUGAAACAGGGCAGGUGCCCUUCGUACCUCGCAACGAUCUAGUCGCGCGGAUUUUGGUGUUGACGUUAAAAAUAAAGCCUGUAUUUAAGCAUCACAGGUAUCCUGAAAAUAGUCUGUGAAUAAAAGACUCCAGCUAAGUCCA